GUUGAAAAGAAAAAAUCCUUCGCGAGAGUUGAGAAAAUUGCGCGAAGUCUGCAAUCAAUAUUUGGAGAUUCCAAAUUCCAAUCUUAAUAAAAGGCAUUGUGCUAGUGAACGCGAGAGAUAACAAUUCCAUCAUCCUCCCCCUUCGACCGAACGACCGAAAAAGAUAGCCGCAGCUGUGUUGUUGUUGUUUCCGUGUUGAUAAGAAGAAACAAGGAAUUCUCCGCCGGUAACUUAUCGGCAGCGGAUGGGCAAAAUCGAAAGUGAUUUCGCUCGCUAGCCGUCUCCCUCGAUAAGGCACCGGUACUGUGAGUUUUCAAUCUUCCCCAAAAGAAGGUUGCUCCGAUCGAACGAAACAAUCGCGAACCGUAAAGCCCAGAAACAUGGCAAAAUAUUAUGAAAACUCCACCGUCUUCAACUAUUCCUGGGAGCAAGUAACGCAGGGCUUCUGGAAUCGGUACCCGAAUCCUUUCAGCUCGCACGUCCUGUCGGAGGAUACGGUUAGCCGAGAGAUACGGAAUGGUAAACUGCACAGCAAGCGGCUACUGACGAAGACGAACCGCGUUCCGAAGUGGGGCGAACGCUUCUUCAAGGCAAAAUCGGUCAACAUCGUCGAGGAAUCGGUCGUGGAUCCCAAGGAGCGAACUCUCGUGACGUACACGCGUAAUAUUGGAUUUAACAAAAUAAUGAGUGUCGUCGAGCAGGUGGUCUACAAAUCGCUUCCGGAUCAUCCGGGCAAAACGAUCGCAAUACGGUCGGCUUGGAUCGACUCGUCGGUGUACGGAUUCGGGACGGCCAUCCGUGCGUUCGGGCUCGAUCGGUUCAAGAAGAACUGCGCCAAAACGGUGGACGGGUUCAACUUUGUACUGCACCACAUGUUCCCGAAUCAUCCGGCAGCGUUGGCCGCAGCUGCGACCUCAGCCAAAGAUCACCACGGUUCGAAGGCACAGAAGCUGCGUGAAGCGGCCAAGCAUGCCUCGGAUCAGAUGAAAGCAAAGGCCGAACACUUGGUACAAAAUCUGUCCGUUAAAGGUUAAAAGCAGUGUGGCUGUCGUUCGUGUGGUGCUCGAAAGGACGCUUGACGCGUACGACCGAUCGAACACGAGGCAGCUCUCCAUUCCGGUUCCGCUCAAUGAGCUGUGCUAGCCGUUAGACCGCAAAGUCAGUCAGUAACAGGCCAUACGCUACGCCAUUCGCUUCUGUGUCACACAGUAUUUCCUGCGUACACCCAGUUACACACCGUUUGUUUGUACAACCGAUUCGUUGCGUCGAUCAUCGAUCAUCAUUCCACGUGUUCUGCUUCAUGAUAAAUUAACACAAAUUCCUCCGGGAGAGGCACCCACUAGUAGCGGAUCAGUGCGAUGACGUACCCAAUUUUUUAGCAUCCUACUAAAGACAAGGCGCAAGAUUACGGAGCGGCCAGAACAGUGGCCAAUGAGUUAUUAAGUUAUUAGGUACCUUUCCAAGACGAACGGAAGCUCGUAAUCAAAGAGUGACCAUUUCCUGUGCGUUUCCGGCACAAAGGUUCAGGUGAUUGUGCAAACAGAUAAGGAAUAGGGUUUAGCUGAUUAAUUUAGAAUAUUCAAUUGUACAUUAUAAUAAAAAACCAUCCAUGCGAA